AUGAGCCCCAGUCCCAGCUCAAGACCGUCGACAUUGCCCAUGAAAACAAGAGAAAUACCAUCUUAUGCCUCAAAUCAUAUUCUUCGCGCUUCCCAGAUUGCGGACAUGGGCUCUGGCUACGCCUCCGCGUCGAGUAGCGGCGUUCACUCUGUGCCCCAGCAUAACAGAGCAUCUGCCUCUGAAUCUGGCCAUUUGAUAUCGAUUGAUAGUGGCAAUGCCAUGACGAGAAUCUCCCAUCGCCCCGUCAGAGACGUUGAGGGGCACAGGAGUCAAAGCAAGGAACGCAGAAUUGAAAAGAGAAAUCUGAAAACUCCACCCUCUGCCUGUUUAACGAAGGCACUUUCGGAAAUUGCACAUGAUAUGCCUAGUAUCAGUGUCGCAGAUGUGGCGACUUUUGCGAACCGUUCGACUGAGGUCCGACAGAUGGAGGCGGCUAAGGCUGGUAAGGUCAAGCGGCCGCUGAAUGCAUUCAUGCUUUAUCGAAAAGCAUACCAGGAUGUUGCGAAAACUCAGUGCAGUCGCAACAAUCAUCAGCAGGUCUCAACAAUUUGCGGGAGCUCCUGGAAUGCCUGGGAGCCUCCCAAUAUCAUCGCUCAGUUCAAGCAGCUAGCAUCCAUCGAGAAGCAGAUGCACGAGGGAGCUUUCCCAGCUUAUAAGUAUGACCCGGUACAGACAAAGAAGCCUAAGGACGGCAUAGAGCAGGAUUACAAAACGUGUGAGUUGAGUGACGGCGAGUCAAGCUGUCGUCCCCGACGAAGUGGCAGGCAGCGAACUACUCGAGCUACUUCUCGGGUGAAACAGUCGUUCACGUUGGAGGUGCCUGAUCAAUACCGAGGUCUGUCUGGUACCCAUUCCCAGCCCCCAGGUGGCACCUGGCAGCAGUAUCAGGCACUUCCGUUCCCUGACUGGUAUAUGCAUGGCGGCCUUCCGGCGGAUGCCCCUCAAUACGCGCCGCGCGGCGAGCAGAGAGCUGAGAACCCGGAUGCUGGUGUCGCGUUCGGUUGCACCUCGUCGGAUCUACAAUUCCAAGGUUAUACGGGCUUCGUUGACCCAUGCCUCGACCCUUCGCUACAGACAGAUGUGCCAGCGUCUCAAUAUAACCAAUUUCUUGGUAGCAAUCACGACAUGUUGCCAGGCUGGAUGAGCGUUGGUGGUGCUCAAAAUGCAUCCACGGCACUUGUGCCGGAGCUGGACAUUACGGGCGCACAUACGGCUUAUUUGCAGGGCACACCUUCCGAUUGGCAGGUCGAACAACUGGAGGACGGGAGCCAUUUCAGCGACUGGAUGACGCAAGCAGGAAAUGGUGAGCAUCAGUAG